AGAAGCCUAAGAAAUUAAAGAUCAUCAAGAACUUCAUUCAUCCAAUAUAUAUAUAGAAUUGUAACAUGGUUUUCUCUUCAAUUCAGACUUAUCUUGAUCCCUCCAACUGGCAACCACAGCAAUUAAAUCAUCAACAUCAUCUAGGCGAAAGUGGUACCAUUCCAACUCCACACCUACCCCUACCAACUCCGCCGGAGGCCGCCCAAGCGAAUGCUAGCGGAGUUGGUGGAGGCGGGAUACGGCCGAAUUCCAUGGCGGAGCGGGCCCGGUUAGCGAAUAUCCAGAUUCCGGACGCGGCCUUGAAGUGCCCGAGAUGUGAGUCGACGAACACCAAGUUUUGCUACUUCAACAACUACAGCCUCUCCCAGCCCCGUCAUUUUUGCAAGACGUGCAAGCGGUACUGGACCCGAGGGGGCGCUCUGAGGAGCGUCCCCGUGGGGGGUGGGUGCAGAAGAAACAACAAAAGGAGCAGUAAAGGCGGGGGCGGCGGAGGAAGUAGUAAUAGUAGUUGCUCGAAGUCUACUACUACUACUUCAUCUGUCGGCAACGACCAACAGAGUAACAUCUCUUGCGGUGGUCCUUCGAUGAGCUCCGCCGCUUCCGCCGUCAUCCUCGCGCCUCAGAUUCAUCACCACCUACCCUUCACCGCUCAGGUCUCCGACCAUCACCGCUACCCCGGAAUCUCUCACCCUCCGGUGGAUGCAGGUGAGAACAUGAUGAUGACCCUCCACCUCGGAGGCGGCGGUGGCGGGGAGAAUUACAAUAAUCUACUGUCCGGAGGCGUCGCGCCACUCUUGUCGUCAGCUGGCGGCAUUCAGCAACCGCCGUCGCAGUUCUCAUUCUUCGACCCUCUCUUCAACUUCCAUCAAGCGGGAUUCGAGUUGUCUUUGCCAUCCGGCUUCACGGGCGGCGCGGGCUUCAGGCCGCGGGUCCCGCCCUCGACGUUCGUUCAACCCGCUACUGCGGCGCCCGUGAAGACGGAAGACGGGGACAACUGCUACCGCAACUACCACAACAACAUGAUGAUGGUGAGCAACAACCCUAACAACAACAAUGUGGGAGUUGGAUUGAACUCCAUUGUUAUCAACUCUACUGGAAAUAAUGAGCAGUGGUGUAAUUGGAGUGACAUUAAUUCUGCUAGUUUCAGUUCUUCUUCAACAAGCGACAAUCACUUGUAAAACCACACAUAUAUUGAUGGUGAGCUAGAGGCCAAUUAUCCAUUAUAACUUUCUGUGUACAUUAAGAAUCAAACGAAUAUGGACAUAACGUACGUCCACAUUCUUUAGAUUUUUAAUGUACGUAAAAAGUUAUAAUGUGUACGUAGACAGUUAUUCAAGAGCGAAAAACACAUCCUUUAGUUAGCGUUUUAGAACGUUUAAUUAGUGUCUCAUUUUGCCAAUUAGCGCGGGCUAUCAGGCAGCGACACUAAUUAAAAAUGGUUAAUUUUU